AUGAAGUUCACCACCAUCACCACCGUCUUCCUUAGCGGUCUCUUCACUACCGCUGCAGCUAUCGACCCCGCCGUCUACGCCAACAGUCUGCAGGCAAGACAAGUCGCCGGCGCCAUGGAGACCCAGAACCUGGUUCGCGCCGAGAGCAUUCUCAACUCGGCACGCUCCGGGUCGGUCGGCAACAUCCGCAGGCGCCGCCUUCGUGAGGCCCAAGAGAGGCAGUGCGUGAAGCAGCCCGCCACGGAGUGUAACAAGUGCAUGGAUACUUUGGUCGGAUCAGCUAUCUUUGAGGUCAUGGAGUGCGGUAUUGCGGCUCUUGGCGUCGGUGCGAUUGGUGGAGGUACCACUGCUGCACUUGCUGCCAUGGGGUUUUUGGCUUGUGAUGGAGCCGUUUACAACAGCUACGAGAAGGGCUUGAUUGAGUGCAGAGCCUUCUAG